AGUAGGGCAAAAUGGACGAUAAGUUAAUAUUGGCUGUAUUUAAUCACCCAGAGCUUUUCAAUGUCACUUUGCCGAAUUACCGCUGCACGGAAAGUCGAGCAAAUGCUUGGAGAAACAUCAGUAUCGAACUGGGUCUCCCGUAUGAGGAGUGUAAAAGAAAAUGGAAGAACAUGAGAGACAGGUAUUUGAAGGAAGUCCGAAUGGAAAUCAAAAGCAAGAAGCAAGGAGAGAUUGUGCAGAGUAGAUGGAAAUACAGACAACUAAUGAAUUUUAUCGCUCCCUUCACUGGAUCGAGAAGUGGAGUGGCAGACAUCUGCGGCAACAUAGACGAUGACCUCGACAAUCCUGACAACGAAUCUGGCAGUGCCGAGGGAGAAACCACACCGUCCGAGGCAGUCAAGACACAGCAGUCCAACCUGAAAAUCCCUGUGAGUCAAGCAGACCUCAAGCCCCAGGUAUCGUUUGUGUCGCAGCUCCCUUCCAUGUCUCAAGAUGCUCAGAUGGCCCAGCUUGCUGUUCUGGCUAAGAUGCCAUCAGGCCCACAGGUCACCCCCAUCAACAAAACUGGACGGAAACGGCGUUUGAUGCCAGACUCACUUUCACUGUCUUCUUCUCAAAAUACACCCUCCCCUACAAAGUGGCUGGUCAAAGACAAUGGCACCUCAGUACCCAACAGGCCACGGGAUGAGGAUGAACUCUUUCUUUUGAGCUUUGUCCCCGCUCUGAAGCGACUCGCUCCCCAGAAAAGGUGCGAGACAAAAAUGAAGAUCCAGCAGAUUAUGUAUGAAGCAGAAUUCAACAUUGCACAGCCAGAAUCUCAAGAGAAACUGCCGGAACCAGCAAUACAGGACUAGGCCAAACUGACUAUUUUUUACUAUAUUCUGCUUUGUAAAAGCCUCUUCCACAAAAUAUCUAUUUUUCUUUUUCUACAGAACUAAGUGGUUGAGUCUGAAGUACAUCCUUUUUUAAUGUGAGACAAUUAACAAUGAAGAAUUGCUAAACAUAGUAUUAAGCAAGAUGUUGAUUAUUUUUCAACACCACUGUGGUUCGGUGUGCCUUGUUUUGCAUAUUUAUUAGAUGAUUAAUGAAGAUCUAACAGAUUUACACCUUAAUAAGAGAACAGACAGAAUAUGAUUAGAAUCUUUAUUUACACAGCUUCACUCUCAGUAGGGUGAAUUCACAUUUAGAAAAGUUAUUUCAGGUUCAACCAGCCAAUCUUCAUUUCAGUAAUAUUUCUGUAAUAAUAUACAGUAUUUUACAUGUAAUUACAGUGACUGAGCAAAAAAAAAAAGAACAGUUUGGAGAUUAACACUGUUUUAUAAAUUAAUAU